AUGGCGUUCUUGGGCCGUCUGGGCUGGGUCUCUAUCACCAUCCCUCCUAGCUUGUGGAUUAUCACAGACCUUGUGAUGCUGAACUUGUCUUCCAAUCAUUUGAGCGGUCAAUUGUCAUCUCAGCUUGGAAAUUUGAAGUCAAUCAAUUAUUCUUUGGAUUUAUCAUUCAAUAAUUUUUCAGAUGAUAUUCCUAGCUCAAUUGAUGGUUGCCAAACACUAUCAUUUCUUAACUUAUCAAAUAAUAUGUUUAGUGGAACUGUACCUGAAUCCUUGGGAAAGGUUAGAGGUUUGAUAGCAAUGGAUUUAUCUUACAAUAAUCUUCCCGGAUCAAUACCUAAGUCCUUUGAAGACCUCCACUUUCUUGAAAAUUUUAAUGUUUCCAACAAUGAAUUGGAGGGGAAAAUUCCGGAAGGGGGUCGUUUUCGUAACUUCAGCGCUACGUCUUUUUUUGACAACUUAGCUCUGUGUGGUCCUAUAGUAUUUCAAGUUCCACACUGCUCAGAAAAUCAUCAUAGAUCAUGGUUAAAGAAACGCAUGGUGCCAUUACUUGUUUUGGCUGUCAUUGUGGUGAUUGUAAUGCUUGUUAUCAUAAGUAAGUGUAAGCAGAAAAGAGUGGCUGAUAUUCCAUCAUUAAUAACUGAAUACAGAAGAAUUUCGUAUAUGGAACUUGAACGAGGAACAAGUUCAUUUAGCAAAACCAACCUACUUGGAAGUGGUAGUUUUGGUUCUAUAUUCGAAGCAACACUUUCUGAUGGGUUGAAAGUUGCAGUAAAGGUGUUCAACAUGGGACUGCAAGAGGCAUUAAGGAGCUUUAAUGUUGAAGCUACUAUAUUGAGUAGCAUUCGACACAGAAACUUAGUUCGAGUUAUUGGAUGUUGUUCUAAUAUGGAGUUCAAAGCAAUUAUUCUCACUUACAUGCCAAAUGGGAGCUUGGAGAAAUGGUUACAUUCCAACAUCUACGGUUUGGAUCUUAUGCAGAGAUUGAAGAUAGCAGUAGAUGUUGCAGCAGCCUUUGAAUAUCUUCACCAUGGCCAUACAUUCCCAGUUGUUCAUUGUGAUAUAAAGCCAAGUAACGUGUUGCUUGAUCAAGACAUGACUGCUCAUCUUGCUGAUUUUGGUAUUUCCAAGCUUUUCGAUGGAGGAGAAACGGUCAUUCAAACACAAACAGUGGCAACCACAGGUUACGCAGCACCAGGUGAUGCAUGA